AUUAGCGCGCGUCGGUUGUGUGUCUAACAUGAUGGAAUUGUUUUUAAAGUAAUUCUCUUUCGUGUUUGUGGAGAUCUUUUUUUAAAUUUAUUCAUUGUUUUUGGGGUCGUGAACUUUGUGAUUUAAUAAGGAUUUUUAAAGAUGGGCUGCGGUAAGAUCUUCGCGACGCUACGUCGGUGCAAAAAAAUUGAUUAUGACGACGACACCACCCAGUUGUCCAGAUGUCUUGGACUAUUCGACCUCACCUCGCUAGGAGUCGGGAGUACCCUCGGUCUAGGAGUGUACGUGCUGGCCGGCGCUGUCGCCAAGACUGUUGCUGGACCGGCGGUUGCCAUCAGCUUUUUGGUGGCAGCAAUUUCUUCUGUAUUUGCUGGGUUAUGUUACGCAGAAUUCGCUUCAAGGGUCCCAAAAGCCGGUUCAGGCUAUAACUACAGUUACGUGAGCGUCGGGGAGUUCAUCGCGUUCACGAUUGGUUGGAACCUGAUCUUGGAGUACGCUAUAGGAACAGCCAGCGUCGCCAAAGGCAUGGCGGUCUACAUUGACACCCUCUUCAAUAACACGAUGGCGAAAACCUUGACCGCUGCUACUCCGAUCAAUGUGUCCUUCUUGGCUGACUACCCUGAUUUCUUUGCAUUUGGUCUAGUUCUUUUGGUAACUAUCCUGCUCGGUAUUGGAGUUAGCGAAUCUGCGAAAAUGAAUAACGUAUUCACGGCACUCAAUGUAUUAACUGUCACAGUUGUUGUCGUCGCGGGCGCUGUCAAAAGUAACCCAGCUAACUGGAACAUCAAACUAGCCGAUAUUCCACCCGAGUACGUGAGUCAAGCCGGGGAAGGAGGCUUCAUGCCGUGGGGGGUGGCGGGUGUCAUGGCGGGGGCGGCUAAAUGCUUCUUCGGCUUCGUCGGCUUCGACUGCGUGGCCACCACGGGGGAAGAGGCCAAGAACCCGAAAAGAGACAUACCUCUGUCAAUAGUUCUGUCUCUGAUCAUAAUCUUCUUGUCAUAUUUCUCCAUCGCGACAGUGCUCACCAUGAUGCUGCCUUAUUAUAUGCAGGACGCGGAGGCCCCAUUCCCCUACGUAUUCGAACAGGUUAACUUACCGGUGAUCAAGUGGGUGGUGACAGUGGGUGCUAUAUUCGCUUUGUGCACGAGUCUGCUCGGCACCAUGUUCCCACUCCCGCGGGUGCUGUACGCUAUGGCGUGUGACGGGGUGCUGUUCCGACCACUAGCCGCCAUUCACCCGAAGACCAAGACCCCAUUGUUGGCCACUGCGAUUAGUGGAUUUCUUUCGGCAAUAAUGGCAGCCAUGUUCAAUCUGAAACAACUGAUAGACAUGGUGUCUAUUGGGACUUUGCUAGCGUACACCAUCGUGGCAACAAGCGUUCUCAUACUUAGAUACGAGGAGGAGGAUGUAUCUGUUGGCACGGAAAAAAUAUCGGCACGCGGGAGGGGAGUGCUAGCAGUAUUAGGUCAGGGUUGCAACCUGCUCGGACUCAAGAACCCCACGCAACUCUCCUCCACCAUCGCCAAGAUUACCAUCGCUGUCCUCUUCGUGGUGGCGCUGGCGACGUGCGUAGUAUUGAGUGUGGACGGCGGAGCGGUGGCGGGAGCAAUACUGGGGGCGAUCCUGGUGGUAUUACUGGUGGUGUUAUACCGACAACCCACUAAUGACGUAUCCCAUCUCUCAUUCAAGGUGCCGCUAGUCCCACUUGUCCCAUACCUGAGCGUCUGCAUGAACGUGUAUCUGAUGGUCCAGUUGGACUACCAGACGUGGGUUCGGUUUUUCAUAUGGCUUAUAAUCGGUUACCUAAUUUACUUCUUAUAUGGAAUCCGUAACAGUUCACUCAAUUCUUCACAGCCCGCCGGUAAAGUCGAUGACAAGGAUAAAUCACAAGUCGUAACAAAAUUUUGAUCUGUAAUACCAGAUUAGGCGUAAUGUGUCUUACGUGUUGAAUACCUGGAUAUUGUUGUGUAUGUAAUAGUUAUAAUAUUAAUCCUGUGAUUGUUGGACAGUUAAGGUUGUGAGUGAAAAGCAUCUCAAGACUAUGGAUUACUUAGUGAUUUUUUAUUUAUUUAUAUGAGAUACAAAACUGUGCGUAAUAAUACAGCUCUCACCUCUGAGCCGGGGCUCCCAAACAUCAGCUCUUUCUCUUGGACUCCCUGCACAAGCAAGUCUUUCGAAUCAUCUAGAAUCCUAGUCAUCGGAUCUCCGAUUAAGCGUUCCAGUGUUCAAAGAACCUUUUCCAAUUGACACAACCUUCGCAUCAUCGUCAAGACGCCUUUAUAAAGUUCAAAAGUUCAGUCACUACGCCAUCAAGAGACCACUUACAGAUGCUAUUUCUCUUCUUGAUUCACUUGUCACUACCGCCAGUAAUAAUUUUAUUGGGAUCUCUUACGUUUUUUUUUAGAUUGUUUGUCUGUGUUGCCUAUUCCAAAACAUAACAAAAUUUCGAGAACAUUCGUCUCCCGAUUGCAUGCCGAUUUGCAACAUUCUGUUUAUAUCUCAAAUAAAGUACUCCCGCUCAGUAUAAUAGUUCACUGUUGUUGUCAAUUAACCUGUAAAAAUAAAGGUAUCAUAGAGAAAAAUAAUCUUUGUUCCUUACCUACUUAUGCUUACAUUUUUUGUAGGAACUAAAGGGAGGUCUGAGAUUCACUUGCGGGCACUAGACCCUUACGGUUAGUCGAUUAUUUUGUGAAA